AGAUGUCUCCAGAGAAAGAAGGAGAUACUUUGUGCUUCUUCAUCAACGGGAAAAAGGUAACGGAGAACCAUGCAGACCCUGAGACCACGCUGUUGUCCUUCCUCAGAGAGAAGCUGAGGUUGACUGGAACCAAGUAUGGCUGCGGCGGCGGAGGCUGCGGGGCGUGCACCGUCAUGGUGUCACGCCACCAACCGGCCACCAAAACCAUCACACAUUACUCGGUCAACGCCUGCCUUCUGCCGCUCUGCCAGCUGCACGGAGCGGCCGUCACCACGGUGGAGGGCAUCGGCAGCACCAAGACCAGGAUCCACCCCGUGCAGGAGCGAAUAGCCAAAGCUCACGGCUCCCAGUGCGGCUUCUGCACUCCAGGGAUGGUGAUGUCCAUGUACGCUCUGCUGAGGAACCAGCCUCAGCCCACCAUGGAGGACAUCACCCAGGCUCUCGCUGGUAACCUGUGCAGGUGCACCGGGUACCGACCCAUCGUCGACGGCUGCAGGACCUUCUGUCAGGAAGCAGAGUGCUGCCAGGUGAAAGGAGGCGGAGCCUGUUGCCUCAAUGGAGAGCAAACCGCUGGUGAACCAGAGCCUCCCCGGCUGUUUGACAAAGAGGACUUCCUCCCACUGGACCCGACCCAGGAGCUCAUCUUCCCCCCCGAGCUGAUGCUGAUGGCCGAGGCGGCGAACCCGAAGACGCUCACCUUCCACGGGGAGAGGGUGAGCUGGGUGUCCCCCGCCUCCCUGGAGGAGCUGAUCCAGCUCAAGACCAGCAACCCUAAAGCUCCGCUGGUCGUGGGAAACACCAACAUCGGUCCAGAUAUGAAGUUCAAAGGCAUCCUGCAUCCGCUGAUCAUAUCUCCAACCAGAGUGGUGGAGCUGUUUGAGGUCACUCAGACCCCCCAGGGUCUUUGGGUCGGAGCGGGCUGCAGUCUCACGGAGGUCCGGUCUCUGUUGGAGAAGCUGGUUCCUCAGUUUCCAGCGGAGGAGACCGAGCUGUUCCGAGCCCUGAGCCGACAGCUGGGGCUCUUGGGAAGCCAGCAGAUCCGCAACGUCGCCUCUCUCGGGGGCAACAUCAUGAGCGCAAACCCAAACUCAGACCUGAACCCCGUCUUGGCUGCAGGGAACUGCAGAGUGAGCGUCGUUUCCGACGGAGGACCGCGACAGCUUCCUCUGGAUCAGGACUUCUUUGUGAGCUUUGGGAAAACCCUCCUGAAGCCAGAAGAGAUUCUUGUUUCUGUCUUCAUUCCCUUCUCCAGAAAGGGGGAGUUUGUCGGAGCUUUCCGUCAGGCUCCAAGGAAGGAGAGCUCCUUCUCCACAGUGACCACCGGGAUGAGGGUGUUGUUCUCAGAGGGGUCCCGGCUGGUUCAGGAUGUCAGCAUUUACUUUGGGGGAAUGGGGCCGACCACCGUUAGCGCCACCAGAACCUGCGCGGCUCUCGCCCUGAGGUCUUGGGAUGAUGAGACCCUCAGCCGGGCCUAUGACGUCCUCCUGGACGAGCUGGUCCUCCCUCCGUCGGCUCCGGGAGGAAAAGUGGAGUUUCGUCGCUCUUUGACUCUCAGCUUCCUCUUCAAAUUCAACCUGGAGGUCCUGCAGAAACUUAGAGAAACGGUAAGACAGAAACAUUACAUGUUUCCACCGAGAGUUUGUGUGCAGAAUGUGACGACAGAGGAGCUUCCUGAGAAGAUGCCGGUCCGGCCUCUACCCAGAGAGAUCCAACCUGGUCUGCAGGAGUUCCAGCACGUGUCAAAGGACCAGAGCGACCAGGACCCAGUGGGGCGUCCCAUCAUGCAUCGCUCCGCCCUCAGCCAGGCCACGGGCGAGGCCGUGUACUGUGACGACAUGCCGCCCGCAGACGGCGAGCUCUUCCUGGCUCUGGUCACCAGCUCCCGAGCGCACGCUAAAAUAACAGGGCUGGAUGUGAGAGAGGCUCUGCGGCUUCCCGGUGUGGUCGACGUCAUCACGGCCAAAGAUAUUCCGGGGCAGAGAGUUCGUAAAAUGUUUGAUUAUGAAGAGGAGCUGCUGACUGACAGCGAGGUGUCCUGCAUCGGGCAGAUGUUAUGCGCCGUGGUCGCCGAUACGAGGGCGCACGCCAAACGAGGAGCAGCAGCUGUGAAGGUCGGCUAUGAGGACCUGCCAGACCCGGUCUUUACCUUCGAGGAGGCCAUUGAGAAGUCAUCUUUCUAUGAGCCUCGCAGGAGGAUCGAGAGAGGAAACGUGACGGAAGCCUUUGAGACCGUUGAUCAGGUCCAUGAAGGAGAGUUUCGAAUGGGUGGCCAGGAGCAUUUCUACAUGGAGACCCAGAGCAUGCUGGUCGUUCCCGUUGGCGAGGAGACGGAGUUCAACGCGUACGUCUCCACCCAGUGGCCGACCCUGAUUCAGGAUGCCAUCGCGGAGACGCUGAGCAUCCCGUCAAACAGAGUCACCUGUCACGUCAAAAGGGUUGGCGGCGCUUUCGGUGGGAAGGUCAUGAAAACGUCGAUACUGGCUUGCAUCACCGCUGUGGCUGUGUGGAAGACCAAUCGAGCAGUGCGCUGCGUCCUGGAGCGAGGAGAGGACAUGUUGAUCACCGGAGCCCGUCACCCUGUGCUGGGACAAUACAAAGUGGGUUUCAUGAAUGACGGUCGCAUCGUGGCUGCAGACAUCCAGUACUACGCCAAUGCUGGCAACACGGUGGAUGAAUCCACUCUGGUAGCGGAGAAAAUCCUUCUUCACAUUGACAACGCCUACAACAUCCCCAACCUGAGGGGCCGGGCCGCCGCCUGCAGGACCAACCUGCCCUCCAACACCGCCUUCAGGGGCUUCGGCGUGCCCCAGAGCAUCGUCGUGGUGGAGAACAUGCUCAACGACGUGGCCGCGGUGCUGCGGCGCCCCGCGGACCAGAUCCGGGAGAUCAACAUGUACAGGGGGCCGUCGGUCACCCACUACAAGUUUGAGUUCAGCCCGGAGAACCUGCUGCGCUGCUGGGAGGAAUGCAAGGUCAAGUCCGACUACGCCGCGCGCCGCAGGGCCGCCGACCGGUUCAACCGGCACAACCGCUGGAAGAAGAGGGGGAUGUCCGUCAUCCCCAUUAAAUAUGGGGUUGCGUUUUCGGAUGGCUUCUUGAAUCAGGCUGGAGCUCUGGUCCACAUCUACAAAGAUGGCUCAGUUCUGGUCGCUCACGGCGGGACGGAGAUGGGUCAAGGGCUGCACACCAAAAUGCAACAGGUGGCGAGUCGGGAGCUUCACAUCCCUCCCUCUAAGAUCUACAUCAGUGAAACCAGCACCAACACUGUUCCCAACACGUGCCCCUCCGCCGCCUCGUUUGGUACCGACGCCAACGGCAUGGCGGUCAAGAAUGCCUGUGAGACUCUGCACCAGCGUCUGGAGCCAAUCAGGCAGAAGAACCCUGAAGGAUCAUGGGAGAAUUGGGUCCAGGCUGCAUUUCUGGAGAAGAUCAGUUUGUCUUCAACUGGAUUCUACAGAGGUCCAGACCUCUACAUGGACUGGGACAAGAUGGAGGGGCGGCCUUACGCUUACUUCACUUACGGAGUGUCUUGCUGCGAGGUGGAGCUGGACUGCCUCACAGGAGACUACCGGACGGUGAGGACGGACCUCGUGAUGGACGUCGGCAGAAGUGUGAACCCCUCGGUGGACAUCGGACAGAUUGAAGGCGCCUUCAUGCAGGGUUUGGGCCUCUACACUCUGGAGGAGUUGAAGUUUUCCCCCUCCGGGCUCCUGUACACUCGAGGCCCGUCUCAGUACAAGAUCCCCGCGGUCUGCGACGUGCCGCUCGCCUUCAACGUGUACCUGCUGCCGGACUCCCACAACCCGCACGCCAUCUACUCCUCAAAGGGUAUUGGAGAACCGGUCCUCUUCCUCGGCAGCUCGGUGUUCUUCGCCAUCAAAGACGCGGCGGCUGCAGCUCGCUCCGAGUGCGGCUCAGUCGGCCCGUUUCCCCUCGACAGCCCGGCGACACCGGAGAGGGCGUGUCUGGCUUGUGCCUCCCCGUUCACUCAGAAGAUUCCAGCCGGCAAACCGGGAUCUUUCCAACCGUGGGCCUUAAACAUCUGA